AUGGGCCACGAAUAUAUCGAAAUGAAAAACACACAUGCUGCUAUCGAAUCCUACAGGCGCGCGGUCGAUGUUAAUCGAAAGGACUAUCGCGCUUGGUACGGCCUCGGACAAGCUUACGAGGUUCUCGAUAUGGCAUUCUACGCCUUAUUCUACUACCAUCGCGCCGCUGCGCUGCGCCCGUACGACCCGAAAAUGUGGCAAGCCGUAGGCUCAUGCUACGCGAAAAUGGGCCGUCUAGAGCAGAGUAUCCGGGCCCUUAGACGUGCUCUGGUUGCAGGAUCAUAUCAUGAAACGGGCGGUGCUGGAGGUGUUGCCUCGUUUAAUAGCGCAGGCUCAGCCAGCUUACGGCAUCUAUCCCAUGGGGGUAAUGCAUCAAGUGCAAGACGCAUCCUUGAUCCGGAUACGUUACAUCAAAUUGCAACUCUGUACGAACGUCUUGGUGACGAAGAGGAGGCAGCAGCGUACAUGGAGCUUACGCUCCAGCAAGAAACGGGACAGGUGGAUCCUGAGGACGAAGCUGAUGAUGACAACGACGACGAUGCGGAUGGGGACAGUGGAAAUAGAGCUGGUUCACGUCGCGUUUCUUCAUUCACCCAACGCUCUGCCGAUGAACCGGAUGACGAGCCGGCUGGUACGGGCGUUACUUCUACCACGAGUAAAGCGCGUUUGUGGUUAGCGCGCUACGCGCUGAAAUAUGGCGACUUGGACCGGGCUGAUUUGUUGGCCGGUGAGCUCUGUCAAGAUGGGAUUGAGAUUGAAGAAGCGAAGGCCUUGAUGAGGGAUGUCAGGGCAAGAAGGGAGGGUGGUAGCAUUUAG